UGUCUUCUGUGAACCGUCAGCCAUCUGCCGCAGUCAAAUCCAACGGGAAUGGAAAAUGGAGGACUGACCGAGGGAAGAACGAGGACAUAUCUUCGUUAUUUCUAGAAUGUAGAUCCUUUAACCUUGUACUGAUGAUAACUGAUUUGGUGUCAUUUUGUCAGAAGAGACAUCUUAUUACCCAUCACUGCUAAAUAGCAGUCAUUGAGUUUGAAAGUAGUGACUCCAUCAUCUAUGGAGGGGAAUGUGAGCCCUGAGCUCUGUCUAGCUCCUGAGCCAGAGCAGAGCCAGGACCGUUUGGAUAGCUGUUCUCAAGGCUUUGGAGGGGAUAGCAAGCAGAAGAAACUGUUUCAAACAGAAAGCGAGAAUGUGGCCAAAGCGUUGCUAGAGGAGCCUGAUAAGUCUGUGAAUGCUAACAGCGAAGUGAAGAAGACUUGGGGUUUUCGUCGCUCCACUGUUGCAAAGAGAGGGAUGCCGGUGGAGGCGGCGACCGACAGCACAGAUAACCGCUGUGCAGUGCGGCGUAGCGGCCGGCAGCCGAAGCGCACUGACAAACUAGAGGAAUUCCUCUUGACUACCAAAAGAGGGUUAAGAAAGAGUGCUCCUCCCAGUGUGGAAAGUGGAGAUCCUCCUUCUCAAACCCCAACCGAUGCAGAGACAGCCUCUGAAGCCAGCUUCGAUGGCAGUGCUGACUCCAAAACCAUAGAGGACAAAGCAGAGUCCCCUGAACGGAGGACGAGAAGUGGCGCAAAGAAACAGGCUCAACGGAAAACUGGGAGACAGACCAGAGCCAGUGGUAGGGCGGCAGCCAAAGACGAGGGAAGCUCUGAGAAUGAAGAAGACAGUAGAGAUGCCAGCAACACUGAUCAGUUUCAGCAAAACAGUGAGGAGAAAAAAGAUGAUCCCAGCUCUGAAGAUGUAGGUAGCAAUAAUGCAGGGGAGGACUCUGAGAAGAGGGACGCUCAUGAGGACGAGGAUGAAGACAAAACAGAGGAGGAGACUGUUGAGGACAGCGCAGACCAGCCUGCAGCUUCAACGGGAAGACGUGGACCAAUAAGAACUUACGUCAAUAAAAAGAGGGCAGCUAAAAAGAACACUACACCAGUGAAAGCUCCUGUUCCUGCCAGCAAGAACACUGCUCCUGCUAAGAAGGACAUCAAGCCCAAAGCUGCCCAGCCGAUGGGAAAAAUGAGCAAGCCUCAGCUCGAAGAUGACGAAGACGAGUCCUCUAUGUCUUCGUCUUCAUCAUCAUCAUCAUCAUCAGUUGAAUCUGAUGAUGGAGGCUACGACCCCAAUGCACUAUACUGUAUCUGUCGUCAGAAACACAACAAACGGUUUAUGAUCUGCUGUGACCGCUGUGAGGAGUGGUUUCAUGGGGACUGUGUGGGAAUCACGGAGGCCCGCGGGCGACUGAUGGAGAGAAACGGGGAAGACUACAUCUGUCCCAACUGCACAGCAAAGAAAAACCAGGUGGUCAGGCCUGCCACGUCCAUCCUCCCUUUAAGUGGAGAGAUCUUGAAGCCCAAAGCUGACGUCGCUCCUCCAGUAAAUGCUUCUGCCACCUUCACUACAACUGCUGAGAAAGCCGUCACCAGUGGAGCAGACCCGGGUCCAUCCGCUGGUCGGGCUGUAGCUCCGCCCUCCAUGGCGAGCGGGACGGAAGAGAAAGGAGCAGAGGACUUUGGCAUCAAAGGCAGGAUAGAGAAGGCCAUUAAUCCAACUGGAAAAAAGAAGAUAAAGAUCUUUCAGCCGCAGGCAGUUCAACAGCCACUUGUGCGUAAAACGGACCAGAAAGCGGCAGCAGCUGUGGAAACGAAGGCGACAGCCCCAGAGCAGAAGGUUGCAACCGUUGUGGAGGUGAAAACCACACCAACGGUGGAAGCGUCGGAGGACAAGUCCGGGCAGAAAGCUGAGGACUCUUCACUUCCUAAAUGUAUCGGGCCUGGCUGCGAUAGCAAUGCCCAGCCAGACUCUGUGUACUGUGGACCCGACUGCAUCCUGAGGCACGCCGCUGCAGCCAUGAAGUCCAUCACCGACGUCAAAGAGCCCAAGCAGGACAAGGCCAAGGCUCAGAAAAACAAGUCCACCGCAAAGAGGAGUGGUGCUGGUGGGAAGAAGGCACAGAGGAAGACAGCGGAGGAGUCAGACAGCGAGGAAGACUACAGCUCGGACCCCGAUGAGGACGACGAAGAUGAGCAUGCCGAGGAGCACCCGCCCCCGCCGGCCACUGCUUCCUGGUCCAGCGACCAUAAUUACAUUGCAGUAACACCAGAAAAGACUACACCCAUAUCACCAACAGUGUUAAACAGAAAGUCUUCUCCCAAAGAAGAGAAGCAGAGCGAGAAAGAGCCAACGCCAGCUCCUGAGAAGUCGUCGGCAUCUGCGGCACCGAGCAAAGGGAAGAAGUCGUCCCCGACUAAUAAAGCAGCAAAGGUUUCCCCCAAAGGCAAGAAGACCUCCCUUCAAGCUGCCAACUCGAAGGCAUCCAAGAAGCCUGUGAUGCCCCCGGCAAAACCUUCAGUAAAGUCCAAGAAGCCAGGCCCAUCGCCCGCUCCUACCCCUUCUCCCUUCCCUCCGGGUCCAAUUCACGUCACAGGGGCCCUGAGAGUCACCAAGACCAACUUCACCAUUCCUAAAAAGCAGCCUCAGCCAAAGGAUACGAGUUCCCAAAAUCAGUCGUCCUCAUCCUCAAGAGUCGCAUCUUCUCCAGUGUCCUCAGCUCCUUCUAGCCACUCUUCAUCUUCCAGAUCUUCACAUCCACCUGCUUCAACGCCCCCCAUUUCCCCCAUGCGGCCUCCACCCAAUAAUCAGAUGAGACAGAACAUCCGCCGCUCACUAACAGACAUCCUUUUUAAGAGAGUGAGUGACAGCGAUGAUCUGAAAAUGACCGAGAGUGAGGUGGGAAGACUGGCUGUUGGCAUUGAGAAGGAAAUGUUUAACCUCUGCCUGAGCACUGACAGCAAGUACAAGAACAAAUACCGGACCCUCAUGUUCAACCUGAAGGACCCUAAAAACAAAGGCUUGUUCUACAGGGUGAUCGGUGGGGAGCUCACUCCCUUCAGACUGGUGAGACUAAGUGCUGAAGAGUUGCUUUCCAAAGAGAUAUCCGAGUGGAGGAAGCCUGAUGCUCCUGAGGGUCAGUCCCCCAGUGGCAGGGCCCAUUCAGGCCAGUCCAAACUGGGAAACAGGCAUGACUCCAGCUCCCACAGUGUGGAUAUGGAGGAUGCUCCACCAACAUCUGAUGCAGAUGUAUGUAUUUCUGCCACCACUUCAGCUUCUCGCAUGGCUUCUGCUACAGACCAAGAUGAGUCUGGCUUCACUGCCUCGGCUUCAGCUCAGUCCUCUGCAUCUGACGGGAAUAACACGGUGGACAUUUUCAGCAGCAUGCUUAAAGACACCACUGCUGAACACAGGACUCAUCUGUUUGACCUCAACUGUAAAAUAUGCACAGGACAGAAAACAGAAGAUGAGCCUGCAGCCAAAAAAGCCAGACUCGCCAAGAAACCUGAUACAAAGACCUCGAGACAUGAGUCACUUCUGUCCAGGUCCGGAGACGUCCCUCCUGUCAGCCAAGCGCAGGGCUCCACAACCUACCAACACCAGGAUCCUGGAACAUACCAGCAUCCAGCCCCUCCAUCCUUCCAGCCCAAUGUGGAGUCAGCUGUUCCAGAGAACCUCAACAAGAUGGCGGCUCCAACUCACACCCCUCCACCCGUCACCCCCGCUGUCUCCUCUGUCAGCAUCACCCGCAGAGACCCUCGCAUGGCCAGGCACACCUCCGGGGUGAAUGUCACUCAAACGGCUGCAGAGAAAGCCAGCAGCAGUGCAGCAGAAGUGCUCCCAGCACCUGUCAGCAUCCCAGUGGAGGCUGCAGCUAAAGCCCUUCUACCGAUGCCCCCAGCUCCACCCACAGCUCCGCCCACAUCACUGACUCUCACCAAAGCUUCAAAAACAAGUGCACCUGAGCCGCCUCCCGAGGGAGAAACAGCCAUCUUCCUCCAUAGUCAAGAGAAGAUAUGGAAAGGAUUUGUCAACAUGCAGUCAGUUGCUAAGUUUGUGACCAAAGCUUACCUGGUAUCAGGAUCCUUUGAGCACCUGAAAGAGGAUUUACCGGACACCAUUCAUGUGGGAGGCAGGAUCGCUCCCAGCACUGUGUGGGACUACGUUGGGAAGCUGAAAACUUCACUUUCCAAGGAGCUGUGUUUGAUCCGUUUCCACCCAGCAACAGAAGAAGAGGAGGUAGCAUAUGUCUCCCUCUACUCUUACUUCAGCAGCAGAAAAAAAUUUGGCGUGGUUGCCAACAACAACCGCCGCAUCAAAGACCUCUAUCUCAUCCCACUCAGCUCAAAGGACCCGUUACCCUCCAAACUGUUACCCUUUGAUGGGCCAGGGCUUGAACCAGCGCGUCCCAACCUCCUCCUGGGUCUGCUGAUCUGCCAGAAGGACCGAAAACGUGCAGGUGCUCCGUUGGAAAGCGAGGAGAAGCGCUCAAAGACUCAAACCAAAGACGUAGAUGAAACUGGACUUCCAAAACCAUCUCCCUCUGUCAGAGCAGAAAGGAGCUUAAGACAGAGUCUUGAAAUCCCCUUCAGCACGACUCCGCCAGGGUCACCUCCAUCUAGCUCUGAGGCCUCCAGCAACACCGUAGUGUCCUCAGUUCUUUCCCUCCUGUCGUCGGUUAAAGCUUCAGCCGCAUCCAUGGGCACCGGCAGGGAUUCUCCAUCCACAUCCUGCUCCGUUGCUGCCUCCGUAGCAGCUGCCAAUCCUCUUCAAACAAUCCUUAACACGCUUUUCAAAAAGAAACACGACUCGGACGCUUCCAAUUCUCCAUCUGAUCAAGCUGGGGAGCUGAGCGCCCCUGCCACAAUGAUAGACCCCAUUGUGCGGCAGUAUGCGCAGAAUCCUAAGGAGAAAUCAGCUGAGGAAGAUGAAGAUGACAGGCCAUAUGACCCAGAAGAGGAAUAUGAUCCCAGCAGAGGCUAUAACGUGCCCAAUAAGCCAGUUGAGGUUGUGAGCAAACCUGUGGUCUCAAAGCACCCCGAGGUGGCAGCAAGUGAAACCGAUGACGUGGCAUAUGACCCCGAGGAUGACUCUAUUUUUGAAGUGGUCAAAACUUCAGCACCUAGUCAAGCUAAGCCGGCAACAGAAUGUGUAAAUGACCCAAAAAAGAUCCUGGAGAACCUUAAAAAGAUGGGAGAUCAGGCUUUGCAGAAACAUGCAGAACAGAAAACGUCAUCCACCGGGACGUCUGCUGCCUCAUCGGUGCUGCCAAACACACUCGUAACCCAACCCGCCCAAUCCCUUUUGGCUGGAAAUCAGCUGCUUCAGCUUGGAAAAAAGGUUGAAGAACUAGUGAAGUCUACAUCAGCUUCUCCCUUGAUCAACCAGAGGAGAGACCCCAGACAGAGCAGGGAUCCUCGCUAUCCUACGGGUGGAAAUAAACCCUCAGAUGAACCAGAGGACAAAGAGGAGCCUCCUGCUUUGUCCGCUGAACCUGCUCCUCCCUCACAGCCUGAACCACAGCAACCCGGUGCAGCUGAACUUACAGAUUCCUCGCAAAGCCCAGAGGUAUUUCAGCCUGAAGAGGAGGUGAAAAGUGAGGCUCUACCCUUCAUGCAGUCGGACCAGGAAGAGGUGUUGAUUCCUUUACUAGGAGAGGAGGUGGAACCUGAUUUGGAGGCCAGCUACAUGGAUGAAAAAGAAGAGAAAACCGAGGAAGUGGCUGAUACAGAGAUGGACAAAUACAGUCUUUGGCCAAAUGCUGCAAGUAUUUUAAAAGCUAAUGAGGACUCGGAGUAUGAGGAAAAUAGCCAAGAUGCACCCACUUCUUAUUACAGAGAGUCUGCAGACAUGUCCACCAUAACUUCCACCAUCCCAGUUCUCACUCAGAGCACUAUGGCUGACUCCCAGUCCCGUCACAUGCCGCAUCACAUGUCUGCGCCAGGCUUCGAUAACGAGUACAGAACCACAGCUGACAUUCCCCCACAGUCCAGCUUCCCCGCUCCCCAGACCAUGAUAAUGAGGCCUCCACCCAUGCCAGGUCCUCCUCCCAUGUCAGGCCCUCCUCCGAUGCAGGGGCCCCCUCUACCAGUCCACGUUCCUCCACCUGUACGCAGUCUUCCUCCAAUGCAAGGUGACAGCAGUCAGCAAUACGGCCCACCUCCGUCCUCGUACCCCCCCUACCAAAGCCAGUGGCCAAGCACCCAGCAGCAGGCACCUCCUGGACCACCUCCACAGAAUAUCAUGCCACCCAGGGGACCACUCCCUCCAUUCCCUCCAAUUGCUCAGAGAGGCCCCCUGCAACAAAUGUUUGAUCCCUCCAUCCCCCCUCAGCAUAUUGGACAAGGCCCCCCUCCAGGCUUGCCCCCACCUCCUGCAUUUGAUGGACAGAACAACUUACCUCCAAGAUUCUCUGGUCCUCCACCUCCAUUUAGUUUCCCUGCAGGCAGAGCCCCCCCUCCACCUUUCACAGCACCACCUGGUCACUUUGAUAACAGACUUCCUCCUCCAGCCCUCUUUUCAGGGCCCAGGGGUCCCCCACCAGCUCAGUAUGGUGACCAGCAGUAUAGCAAAGAUUCUCCCAGUAACGCGUUCAAAGCAAACCUGGACCAGAAUCCAAACCCACUCCAAAUGUUUAAGGACAAUCAGGGUCCCCCUCCGGGCCCAGCAUACCGGGCCCCUCCUCCCAUCCAGUAUGAGGACAGACGAGGUUCACUUCCCAGUGGGGAGAUGGGUGGACCGCUCUUCACGCCACAAAACCAAUAUGGGAGCUCCAGGUUGUCAUCUUCACCACCACACCGAGGGUCUUACGAUGAGCACCGGGGCCCCUCGGCUCAAGAAAAUAGAUCCCUCGCUUCUCAGCCGUUCGGCGGAUCAGAGCGGUACCGCUUUGACUGGCCGUCAGAUGAGCACAGAGCCACUCGCCACGGUGGGCCUCUGCUGCCGACCCCUACAGACGGACCCCUCGGUCCUUCCAAUCGCCAUGGCGCCAGCAGCCCAGACCUACACAGAGAGGACCUAUGGCGCCGCCAUUCUCCUGAAAUGAGGAGGAGAAGCAGCAACACCCACGAGGACCCAGACCGUCGCAGUGGAGAGCGUUUUAGUCGCUUUGAACUCGGUCCCGGCUCCUCGCAGUCCUCCGAGGAGAGGCAGAAAGAGCCGUCUGAGGACCGGCGAAGGAAUAGGGAGAAGGAAGUCCCUCAUGGUGGCAGGCCAUCAUGGGACAGGGGGCAGAGUAGGCAGUGGAGCCGAGAGCGAGAGUGGGACAGAGGAAGAGAACGGGAGCGGGACCAGGAGCGAGGACGGGAAAGAGACCGAAGCAGAGGGAGGGACAGCGAGAAGCAAAGAGAGACUGAAGGAGAGCGGCACAAGGAUCCAGACUUGGACAAGAGGAGAGACAGAGAGAGAGACAGGGAAAGGGACAGAGACCGAGUGAGGGAUUCUGACCGGAAGGACUACGACCGGGACAGGGCGAGAAACCGGGACAGAGAACGAGAACGUGAGCGAGACCGAAGACGUGACAGAUCCAGAAGCAGGGACCGAGACCGGGACAGGGAACGUGGGAAAGACCGGGGCAGGGACAGAGACAGGGACCGGGACAGAGACAGGGAUAGGGACAGGGACCGGGACAAAGACAGAGACAGGGACCGGGAAAGAGAUAGGGAGAGGGAUAGGGACAGAGAUAGGGAGAGGGACAGGGAGAAGGAGAGAGACCGUGACAAAGACAGAGAUCGAAGGGAAAAGAGCAAAAGCAGAGAAAAGGACAGAAAGGACAGUAAAUACGAGACAAGCAAGGACAAAGCUAAAACAGCAGAAAAUGACAAGAACACGUCCUAGUCCCUGAUUGGUGGACACGCUGUCUCUGAUUGGUGGACACGCUGUCUCUGAUUGGUUGACACGCUGUCUCUGAUUGGUGGACACGCUGUCUCUGAUUGGUGGACACGGUAUCUCUGAUUGGUUGACACGCUGUCUCUGAUUGGUGGACACGCUGUCUCUGAUUGGUGGACACGGUGUCUCUGAUUGGUUGACACGGUGUCUCUGAUUGGUGGACACGCUGUCUCUGAUUGGUGGACACGCUGUCUCUGAUUGGUGGACACGCUGUCUCUGAUUGGUGGACAUUGUGGUCGAGAAUCAAUCUAAAUGUAGACGAGCAGCAUUUUGUUAAGUUUCACUUCUGUUCCUGCUAGAAAGAAAAAAAAAACACGUUUGUAUUUUGUCACUUUAAAGUUUCUACUUUUUUUUUACCUUUGAAAACAAAAACAAGGACAAUAAAUACUAAGCAGGCUGUUUUCCUAUGACAUGUACCUUCUUGUUAAAGCAUUUUUAAAAGAAAAAUAAUGUAACUGAUUAACAACCAUAACAGGAUGUAAAUAUGAACAUAUUUGUAUAUAUGCUGAUGUUUUUAAUCCUACCUUUUCUAAGUGGAGAAAAUAAAAGCCAUAUAUCUGAGAUGGUCAAUGUGAACGUUAAGGCAACACUGGAGACAUGAAUGUGUCUGUUCAGCAGCUUUGAGCUAAAAGGCUUCUUCUAUCUACAGUAUUCACCCCAUAAGUAGUUGAUGUUGAUGAAAUGUCCAGAUUUAGUUUCAGAUCAAUCAAUUAAACCUGUUUGGUGAAA